AUUUGUUUAAAAUUUCUGUAAAACGGGUAGUAAGGUUGAAUCGAGCAUUUAAAUCGAUUAUCCGCGGAAUGAUUCGAUUGGACUAGGCUUUACGCUCAAAUUAGAGAAAGCGAAGGCUAUUUUUCAAGUUGUGUCUGAAAAAUAAUUAAUAUAUCCAGUAGAAUUAUCAUAUAUGUGAGAACAGUAGGCAUUGGACGAGGAUUUUGUUCAGAAAAAUAGACAUAGGAGGUAAAAGUCAUAAGAAGUGCUAAAAUAAUUUUCAUUGGAAUAUAGCGAAAAGAGAAUAAUUUUACUGGAGUAAUUUGUGCAGUUUUUCGUUAUUAGUUGGAUUUAUCAAACUCUGUCAGAAUCUAAUGAUGCAGACAGACAGAUGAAACAUUUCGUCUUCAAUGGAAGAGCACAACAAACAGUCUGAGAACAUAAUACAGCUACCUUUGAAAACUCCGGUGAAAACUUAGAUUGACUUAUGAACUGUCAGCCAAAAUCAAAACCAUGGAAACAAACUACCUCAAAAAUACUGCUCUUCUUACUGCUCAUUAUAAGGGUAAAAAGUUCAAGCACAACGUUAUCCACAACAACUGCAGACGACAGCACCGUGAUGGACGCCACUGUGUCUACCCCACAGACUGUGUUCACUUCCACAAGCGCUAACGAUUCUACUUCGUCUGAAGUGGGUAGCACAAUUUCAGAAACAGGUGCAACAACAACGACAGCUAAUGCUAGCACAACGGUGUCUGAAUCUACAAGCGCAGUUGAAAGUACAACUGAAAGCACCACAACUGAAGGCAGUACAUUUACAUCUGCAGAUACAUCAACAUCUACAACUUUAGAAAUAACUACAUCAACACCAGAAAACACGGAAUCUUCGACAGAAGGAAGCACAACAAUGGAAAUCACCUCCACAAGUACACAGGCAAGCUCUACAACAGAAUCAGGCGUAUCAUCAACUACUACUGAUGGUAGCACAACAACUGCAAAAUCUACAAGCGCCGUUGAGACUACGACUGAAGCCUUCACAGGUGAAGCCAGUACAUCUACAUCCGGAGCGACACCAACAUCCACAAUUCCAGAAACAACUACUACAACAGCAGAAACUACAAUGUCUUCGACAAUGGGUAGUACCAUUUCAGAAACAAGUGCAGCAACAACAACAACAACUGAACCUAGCACAACGACGACUGAAUCUACAAGUGCAGUUGAAAGUACAACUGAAAGCACCACAACUGAAGCCAGUACAUCUACAUCUGCAGAGACAUCAACAUCUACAACUUUAGAAAUAACUACAUCAACACCAGACAACACAGAAUCUUCGACAGAAGGAAGCACAACAAUGGAAAUGACCUCCACAAGUACACAGGCAAGCUCUACGACAGAACCAGACGCAUCCUCGACUACUACUGAUGGUAGCACAACAACUGCACAAUCUACAAGCGCAACUGAGACUACGACUGAAGCCUUCACAACUGAAGCCGUCGCAACUGAAGCCAGUACAUCUACAUCCGCAGCGACACCAUCAUCCACAAUUCCAGAAACAACUACUACAACAGGAGAAACUACAAUGUCUUCGACAAUGGGUAGUACAAUUUCAGAAACAAGUGCAGCAACAACAACAACAACUGAACCUAGCACAACGAUGACUGAAUCUACAAGUGCAGUUGAAAGUACAAUUGAAAGCACCACAACUGAAGCCAGUACAUCUACGUCCUCAGUAACAUUAACAUCAACAAGUGCAGAAAUAACUACCAUAACACUAGACGCCACGGAACCGUCAAUAGUCGGCAGCACAACUGCAGAAAUAACUUCCACCAGUACUGAGACCAUUUCCACAACAGAGGCAAGUGCAACAACAACUACUAUUGAUGCUAGCACAACCACUGCACAAUCUACAAGCGCCGUUGAGACUACGACUGAAGCCGUCACAGGUGAAGCCAGUACAUCUACAUCCGCAGUGACACCAACAUCUACAAUUCCAACUAGAACAACAGUAGAAACCAUGGGGUCGUCGACAGUGAGUAGCACAGCUGCUGCAGAAAUCACCUCCAGUAGUGCACAGUCUAUCUCCACAACAGAAACAGGUGCAACAACAACUACAACUUAUGCUAGCACAACCUUGGCUGAAUCUACAAGCGCAUCUGAAACUACCACUGAAGGCAUCACACCUGAAGCCAGCACAUCUACAUCCACAGGCACGCCAACAUCAACAACUGCAGAGAUUGCUAGCAUAACAGUAGAAACUACUGAAUCGUCGACAGCCGGUGAUGGUAGCACAACAACUGCACAAUCUACAAGCGCAACUGAGACUACGACUGAAGCCUUCACAACUGAAGCCGUCACAACUGAAGCCAGUACAUCUACAUCCGCAGCGACACCAACAUCCACAAUUCCAGAAACAACUACUACAACAGCAGAAACUACAAUGUCUUCGACAAUGGAUAGUACAAUUUCAGAAACAAGUGCAGCAACAAUUGAACCUAGCACAACGGCAACUGAAUCUACAAGUGCAGUUGAAAGUACAACUGAAAGCACCACAACUGAAGCCAGUACAUCUACAUCUGCAGAGACAUCAACAUCUACAACUUUAGAAAUAACUACAUCAACACCAGACAACACGGAAUCUUCGACAGAAGGAAGCACAACAAUACAAAUCAACUCUACAAGUACACAGGCAAGCUCUACAACAGAAUCAGGCGCAUCAUCGACUACUACUGAUGGUAGCACAACAACUGCACAAUCUACAAUCGCAACUGAGACUACGACUGAAGCCUUCACAACUGAAGCCGUCGCAACUGAAGCCAGUACAUCUACAUCCGCAGCGACACCAUCAUCCACAAUUCCAGAAACAACUACUACAACAGGAGAAAAUACAAUGUCUUCGACAAUGGGUAGUACAAUUUCAGAAACAAGUGCAGCAACAACAACAACAACUGAACCUAGCACAACGAUGACUGAAUCUACAAGUGCAGUUGAAAGUACAAUUGAAAGCACCACAACUGAAGUCAGUACAUCUACGUCAUCAGUAACAUUAACAUCAACAAGUGCAGAAAUAACUACCAUAACACUAGACGCCACGGAACCGUCAAUAGUCGGCAGCACAACUGCAGAAAUAACUUCCACCAGUACUGAGACCAUUUCCACAACAGAGGCAAGUGCAACAACAACUACUAUUGAUGCUAGCACAACCACUGCACAAUCUACAAGCGCCGUUGAGACUACGACUGAAGCCGUCACAGGUGAAGCCAGUACAUCUACAUCCGCAGUGACACCAACAUCUACAAUUCCAACUAGCACAACAGUAGAAACCAUGGGGUCGUCGACAGUGAGUAGCACAGCUGCUGCAGAAAUCACCUCCAGUAGUGCACAGUCUAUCUCCACAACAGAAACAGGUGCAACAACAACUACAACUGAUGCUAGCACAACCUUGGCUGAAUCUACAAGCGCAUCUGAAACUACCACUGAAGGCAUCACACCUGAAGCCAGCACAUCUACAUCCACAGGCACGCCAACAUCAACAACUGCAGAGAUUGCUAGCAUAACAGUAGAAACUACUGAAUCGUCGACAGCCGGUGAUGGUAGCACAACAACUGCACAAUCUACAAGCGCAACUGAGACUACGACUGAAGCCUUCACAACUGAAGCCGUCACAACUGAAGCCAGUACAUCUACAUCCGCAGCGACACCAACAUCCACAAUUCCAGAAACAACUACUACAACAGCAGAAACUACAAUGUCUUCGACAAUGGAUAGUACAAUUUCAGAAACAAGUGCAGCAACAAUUGAACCUAGCACAACGGCAACUGAAUCUACAAGUGCAGUUGAAAGUACAACUGAAAGCACCACAACUGAAGCCAGUACAUCUGCAUCUGCAGAGACAUCAACAUCUACAACUUUAGAAAUAACUACAUCAACACCAGACAACACGGAAUCUUCGACAGAAGGAAGCACAACAAUACAAAUCAACUCUACAAGUACACAGGCAAGCUCUACAACAGAAUCAGGCGCAUCAUCGACUACUACUGAUGGUAGCACAACAACUGCACAAUCUACAAGCGCAACUGAGACUACGACUGAAGCCUUCACAACUGAAGCCGUUGCAACUGAAGCCAGUACAUCUACAUCCGCAGCAACACCAUCCUCCACAAUUCCAGAAACAACUACUACAACAGCAGAAACUACAAUGUCUUCCACAAUGGAUAGUACAAUUUCAGAAACAAGUGCAGCAACAACUGAACCUAGCACAACGGCAACUGAAUCUACAAGUGCAGUUGAAAGUACAACUGAAAGCACCACAACUGAAGCCAGUACAUCUGCAUCUGCAGAGACAUCAACAUCUACAACUAUAGAAAUAACUACAUCAACACCAGACAACACGGAAUCUUCGACAGAAGGAAGCACAACAAUACAAAUCAACUCUACAAGUACACAGGCAAGCUCUACAACAGAAUCAGGCGCAUCAUCGACUACUACUGAUGGUAGCACAACAACUGCACAAUCUACAAGCGCAACUGAGACUACGACUGAAGCCUUCACAACUGAAGCCGUUGCAACUGAAGCCAGUACAUCUACAUCCGCAGCGACACCAUCAUCCACAAUUCCAGAAACAACUACUACAACAGCAGAAACUACAAUGUCUUCCACAAUGGAUAGUACAAUUUCAGAAACAAGUGCAGCAACAACUGAACCUAGCACAACGGCAACUGAAUCUACAAGUGCAGUUGAAAGUACAACUGAAAGCACCACAACUGAAGCCAGUACAUCUACAUCUGCAGAGACAUCAACAUCUACAACUUUAGAAAUAACUACAUCAACACCAGACAACACCGAAUCUUCGACAGAAGGAAGCACAACAAUGGAAAUGACCUCCACAAAUACACAGGCAAGCUCUACGACAGAAUCAGGCGCAUCCUCGACUACUACUGAUGGUAGCACAACAACUGCACAAUCUACAAGCGCAACUGAGACUACGACUGAAGCCUUCACAACUGAAGCCGUCGCAACUGAAGCCAGUACAUCUACAUCCGCAACGACACCAUCAUCCACAAUUCCAGAAACAACUACUACAACAGGAGAAACUACAAUGUCUUCGACAAUGGGUAGUACCAUUCCAGAAACAAGUGCAACAACAACAACAACAACUGAACCUAGCACAACGGCGACUGAAUCUACAAGCGCAGUUGAAAGUACAAUUGAAAGCACCACAACUGAAGCCAGUACAUCUACGUCCUCAGUAACAUUAACAUCAACAAGUGCAGAAAUAACUACCACAACACUAGACGCCACGGAACCGUCAAUAGUCGGCAGCACAACUGCAGAAAUAACUUCCACCAGUACUGAGACCAUUUCCACAACAGAGGCAAGUGCAACAACAACUACUAUUGAUGCUAGCACAACCACUGCACAAUCUACAAGCGCCGUUGAGACUACGACUGAAGCCGUCACAGGUGAAGCCAGUGCAUCUACAUCCGCAGUGACACCAACAUCUACAAUUCCAACUAGCACAACAGUAGAAACCAUGGGGUCGUCGACAGUGAGUAGCACAGCUGCUGCAGAAAUCACUUCCAGUAGUGCACAGUCUAUCUCCACAACAGAAACAGGUGCAACAACAACCACAACUAAUGCUAGCACAACCUUGGCUGAAUCUACAAGCGCAUCUGAAACUACCACUGAAGGCAUCACACCUGAAGCCAGCACAUCUACAUCCGCAGGCACGCCAACAUCAACAACUGCAGAGAUUGCUAGCAUAACAGUAGAAACUACGGAAUCGUCGACAGCCGGCAUCACAACUGCUGAUCCCACGUCCACGAGUUCACAGGCUAGCACAACAACACAGGCAGGCACAACAACAACCAGUACUGACGCUAGCACCUCAGCUGCAGAUACUUCAAGCACAGCAGAGACUACAUCAGAAUCAAUCACAUCUGAACCCACUACAUCUACUUCUGGAUCCACUACUGCAUCAACAAUUGUUGAUACUACCAGUUCUUCUGAAGGGACAACACCUGCGAGUUCUACCAUCAGCAUAACAGUAGCAGAAACUACAAGUACAUCUGAAACAACAACUGAAGCCAUCCCAACUGAGCCCAGUGCAACUACAACAGGGACAAGCAGUACAUCUACAAUUGCAGAUAUAACUAGCACAACAUUACACACCACGGAGUCGUCGUCAGUCGGAAGCACAACAGUACAACCGACUUCAACGAGUACACUGGUUAGCACAACAACAGAGCAAGGCACAACAAGUACUGUUGACUCAAGCACAACAGUUGCAGAACCCACAAUCACAGUUGAAACCACAACCGAAACCUUCACAACUGAAGCCAGUACAUCUACAUCCACAGAGACACCAACAUCUACAACUUUAGAAAUAACUACAUCAACACCAGACAACACGGAAUCUUCGACAGAAGGAAGCACAACAAUCGAAAUCACCUCCACAAGUACACAGGCAAGCUCUACAACAGAAUCAGGCGCAUCAUCAACUACUAGUGAUGGUAGCACAACAACUGCACAAUCUACAAGCACAACUGAGAGUAUGACUGAAGCCGUCACAACUGAAGCCAGUACAUCUACAUCCGCAGCGACACCAUCCUCCACAAUUCCAGAAACAACUACUACAACAGCAGAAACUACAAUGUCUUCGACAAUGGAUAGUACAAUUUCAGAAACAAGUGCAGCAACAACUGAACCUAGCACAACGGCAACUGAAUCUACAAGUGCAGUUGAAAGUACAACUGAAAGCACCACAACUGAAGCCAGUACAUCUGCAUCUGCAGAGACAUCAACAUCUACAACUUUAGAAAUAACUACAUCAACACCAGACAACACGGAAUCUUCGACAGAAGGAAGCACAACAAUACAAAUCAACUCUACAAGUACACAGGCAAGCUCUACAACAGAAUCAGGCGCAUCAUCGACUACUACUGAUGGUAGCACAACAACUGCACAAUCUACAAGCGCAACUGAGACUACGACUGAAGCCUUCACAACUGAAGCCGUUGCAACUGAAGCCAGUACAUCUACAUCCGCAGCGACACCAUCAUCCACAAUUCCAGAAACAACUACUACAACAGCAGAAACUACAAUGUCUUCCACAAUGGAUAGUACAAUUUCAGAAACAAGUGCGGCAACAACAACAACAACAACUGAACCUAGCACAACGACGACUGAAUCUACAAGUGCAGUUGAAAGUACAACUGAAAGCACCACAACUGAAGCCAGUACAUCUACAUCUGCAGAGACAUCAACACCUACAACUUUAGAAAUAACUACAUCAACACCAGACAACACCGAAUCUUCGACAGAAGGAAGCACAACAAUGGAAAUGACCUCCACAAAUACACAGGCAAGCUCUACGACAGAAUCAGGCGCAUCCUCGACUACUACUGAUGGUAGCACAACAACUGCACAAUCUACAAGCGCAACUGAGACUACGACUGAAGCCUUCACAACUGAAGCCGUCGCAACUGAAGCCAGUACAUCUACAUCCGCAGCGACACCAUCAUCCACAAUUCCAGAAACAACUACUACAACAGGAGAAACUACAAUGUCUUCGACAAUGGGUAGUACCAUUUCAGAAACAAGUGCAGCAACAACAACAACUGAACCUAGCACAACGGCGACUGAAUCUACAAGCGCAGUUGAAAGUACAAUUGAAAGCACCACAACUGAAGCCAGUACAUCUACGUCCUCAGUAACAUUAACAUCAACAAGUGCAGAAAUAACUACCACAACACUAGACGCCACGGAACCGUCAAUAGUCGGCAGCACAACUGCAGAAAUAACUUCCACCAGUACUGAGACCAUUUCCACAACAGAGGCAAGUGCAACAACAACUACUAUUGAUGCUAGCACAACCACUGCACAAUCUACAAGCGCCGUUGAGACUACGACUGAAGCCGUCACAGGUGAAGCCAGUGCAUCUACAUCCGCAGUGACACCAACAUCUACAAUUCCAACUAGCACAACAGUAGAAACCAUGGGGUCGUCGACAGUGAGUAGCACAGCUGCUGCAGAAAUCACUUCCAGUAGUGCACAGUCUAUCUCCACAACAGAAACAGGUGCAACAACAACCACAACUGAUGCUAGCACAACCUUGGCUGAAUCUACAAGCGCAUCUGAAACUACCACUGAAGGCAUCACACCUGAAGCCAGCACAUCUACAUCCGCAGGCACGCCAACAUCAACAACUGCAGAGAUUGCUAGCAUAACAGUAGAAACUACGGAAUCGUCGACAGCCGGCAUCACAACUGCUGAUCCCACGUCCACGAGUUCACAGGCUAGCACAACAACACAGGCAGGCACAACAACAACCAGUACUGACGCUAGCACCUCAGCUGCAGAUACUUCAAGCACAGCAGAGACUACAUCAGAAUCAAUCACAUCUGAACCCACUACAUCUACUUCUGGAUCCACUACUGCAUCAACAAUUGUUGAUACUACCAGUUCUUCUGAAGGGACAACACCUGCGAGUUCUACCAUCAGCAUAACAGUAGCAGAAACUACAAGUACAUCUGAAACAACAACUGAAGCCAUCCCAACUGAGCCCAGUGCAACUACAACAGGGACAAGCAGUACAUCUACAAUUGCAGAUAUAACUAGCACAACAUUACACACCACGGAGUCGUCGUCAGUCGGAAGCACAACAGUACAACCGACUUCAACGAGUACACUGGUUAGCACAACAACAGAGCAAGGCACAACAAGUACUGUUGACUCAAGCACAACAGUUGCAGAACCCACAAUCACAGUUGAAACCACAACCGAAACCUUCACAACUGAAGCCAGUACAUCUACAUCCACAGAGACACCAACAUCUACAACUUUAGAAAUAACUACAUCAACACCAGACAACACGGAAUCUUCGACAGAAGGAAGCACAACAAUCGAAAUCACCUCCACAAGUACACAGGCAAGCUCUACAACAGAAUCAAGCGCAUCAUCAACUACUAGUGAUGGUAGCACAACAACUGCACAAUCUACAAGCGCAACUGAGAGUAUGACUGAAGCCGUCACAACUGAAGCCAGUACAUCUACAUCCGCAGCGACACCAUCCUCCACAAUUCCAGAAACAACUACUACAACAGCAGAAACUACAAUGUCUUCGACAAUGGGUAGUACCAUUUCAGAAACAAGUGCAGCAACAACAACAACUGAACCUAGCACAACGGCGACUGAAUCUACAAGCGCAGUUGAAAGUACAAUUGAAAGCACCACAACUGAAGCCAGUACAUCUACGUCCUCAGUAACAUUAACAUCAACAAGUGCAGAAAUAACUACCACAACACUAGACGCCACGGAACCGUCAAUAGUCGGCAGCACAACUGCAGAAAUAACUUCCACCAGUACUGAGACCAUUUCCACAACAGAGGCAAGUGCAACAACAACUACUAUUGAUGCUAGCACAACCACUGCACAAUCUACAAGCGCCGUUGAGACUACGACUGAAGCCGUCACAGGUGAAGCCAGUGCAUCUACAUCCGCAGUGACACCAACAUCUACAAUUCCAACUAGCACAACAGUAGAAACCAUGGGGUCGUCGACAGUGAGUAGCACAGCUGCUGCAGAAAUCACUUCCAGUAGUGCACAGUCUAUCUCCACAACAGAAACAGGUGCAACAACAGCCACAACUGAUGCUAGCACAACCUUGGCUGAAUCUACAAGCGCAUCUGAAACUACCACUGAAGGCAUCACACCUGAAGCCAGCACAUCUACAUCCGCAGGCACGCCAACAUCAACAACUGCAGAGAUUGCUAGCAUAACAGUAGAAACUACGGAAUCGUCGACAGCCGGCAUCACAACUGCUGAUCCCACGUCCACGAGUUCACAGGCUAGCACAACAACACAGGCAGGCACAACAACAACCAGUACUGACGCUAGCACCUCAGCUGCAGAUACUUCAAGCACAGCAGAGACUACAUCAGAAUCAAUCACAUCUGAACCCACUACAUCUACUUCUGGAUCCACUACUGCAUCAACAAUUGUUGAUACUACCAGUUCUUCUGAAGGGACAACACCUGCGAGUUCUACCAUCAGCAUAACAGUAGCAGAAACUACAAGUACAUCUGAAACAACAACUGAAGCCAUCCCAACUGAGCCCAGUGCAACUACAACAGGGACAAGCAGUACAUCUACAAUUGCAGAUAUAACUAGCACAACAUUACACACCACGGAGUCGUCGUCAGUCGGAAGCACAACAGUACAACCGACUUCAACGAGUACACUGGUUAGCACAACAACAGAGCAAGGCACAACAAGUACUGUUGACUCAAGCACAACAGUUGCAGAACCCACAAUCACAGUUGAAACCACAACCGAAACCUUCACAACUGAAGCCAGUACAUCUACAUCCACAGAGACACCAACAUCUACAACUUUAGAAAUAAUUACAUCAACACCAGACAACACGGAAUCUUCGAUAGAAGGAAGCACAACAAUCGAAAUCACCUCCACAAGUACACAGGCAAGCUCUACAACAGAACCAGGCGCAUCAUCAACUACUAGUGAUGGUACCACAACAAUUGCACAAUCUACAAGCGCAACUGAGAGUAUGACUGAAGCCGUCACAACUGAAGCCAGUACAUCUACAUCCGCAGCGACACCAUCCUCCACAAUUCCAGAAACAACUACUACAACAGCAGAAACUACAAUGUCUUCGACAAUGGAUAGUACAAUUUCAGAAACAAGUGCAGCAACAACUGAACCUAGCACAACGGCAACUGAAUCUACAAGUGCAGUUGAAAGUACAACUGAAAGCACCACAACUGAAGCCAGUACAUCUACAUCUGCAGGGACAUCAACAUCUACAACUUUAGAAAUAACUACAUUAACACCAGACAACACGGAAUCUUCGACAGAAGGAAGCACAACAAUACAAAUCAACUCUACAAGUACACAGGCAAGCUCUACAACAGAAUCAGGCGCAUCAUCGACUACUACCGAUGGUAGCACAACAACUGCACAAUCUACAAGCGCAACUGAGACUACGACUGGAGCCUUCACAACUGAAGCCGUUGCAACUGAAGCCAGUACAUCUACAUCCGCAGCGACACCAUCAUCCACAAUUCCAGAAACAACUACUACAACAGGAGAAACUACAAUGUCUUCGACAAUGGGUAGUACAAUUUCAGAAACAAGUGCAGCAACAACAACAACAACAACUGAACCUAGCACAACGACGACUGAAUCUACAAGUGCAGUUGAAAGUACAACUGAAAGCACCACAACUGAAGCCAGUACAUCUACAUCUGCAGAGACAUCAACACCUACAACUUUAGAAAUAACUACAUCAACACCAGACAACACCGAAUCUUCGACAGAAGGAAGCACAACAAUGGAAAUGACCUCCACAAAUACACAGGCAAGCUCUACGACAGAAUCAGGCGCAUCCUCGACUACUACUGAUGGUAGCACAACAACUGCACAAUCUACAAGCGCAACUGAGACUACGACUGAAGCCUUCACAACUGAAGCCGUCGCAACUGAAGCCAGUACAUCUACAUCCGCAGCGACACCAUCAUCCACAAUUCCAGAAACAACUACUACAACAGGAGAAACUACAAUGUCUUCGACAAUGGGUAGUACCAUUUCAGAAACAAGUGCAGCAACAACAACAACUGAACCUAGCACAACGGCGACUGAAUCUACAAGCGCAGUUGAAAGUACAAUUGAAAGCACCACAACUGAAGCCAGUACAUCUACGUCCUCAGUAACAUUAACAUCAACAAGUGCAGAAAUAACUACCACAACACUAGACGCCACGGAACCGUUAAUAGUCGGCAGCACAACUGCAGAAAUAACUUCCACCAGUACUGAGACCAUUUCCACAACAGAGGCAAGUGCAACAACAACUACUAUUGAUGCUAGCACAACCACUGCACAAUCUACAAGCGCCGUUGAGACUACGACUGAAGCCGUCACAGGUGAAGCCAGUGCAUCUACAUCCGCAGUGACACCAACAUCUACAAUUCCAACUAGCACAACAGUAGAAACCAUGGGGUCGUCGACAGUGAGUAGCACAGCUGCUGCAGAAAUCACUUCCAGUAUUGCACAGUCUAUCUCCACAACAGAAACAGGUGCAACAACAGCCACAACUGAUGCUAGCACAACCUUGGCUGAAUCUACAAGCGCAUCUGAAACUACCACUGAAGGCAUCACACCUGAAGCCAGCACAUCUACAUCCGCAGGCACGCCAACAUCAACAACUGCAGAGAUUGCUAGCAUAACAGUAGAAACUACGGAAUCGUCGACAGCCGGCAUCACAACUGCUGAUCCCACGUCCACGAGUUCACAGGCUAGCACAACAACACAGGCAGGCACAACAACAACCAGUACUGACGCUAGCACCUCAGCUGCAGAUACUUCAAGCACAGCAGAGACUACAUCAGAAUCAAUCACAUCUGAACCCACUACAUCUACUUCUGGAUCCACUACUGCAUCAACAAUUGUUGAUACUACCAGUUCUUCUGAAGCAUACAUUUACAUAGGGACAACACCUGCGAGUUCUACCAUCAGCAUAACAGUAGCAGAAACUACAAGUACAUCUGAAACAACAACUGAAGCCAUCCCAACUGAGCCCAGUGCAACUACAACAGGGACAAGCAGUACAUCUACAAUUGCAGAUAUAACUAGCACAACAUUACACACCACGGAGUCGUCGUCAGUCGGAAGCACAACAGUACAACCGACUUCAACGAGUACACUGGUUAGCACAACAACAGAGCAAGGCACAACAAGUACUGUUGACUCAAGCACAACAGUUGCAGAACCCACAAUCACAGUUGAAACCACAACCGAAACCUUCACAACUGAAGCCAGUACAUCUACAUCCACAGAGACACCAACAUCUACAACUUUAGAAAUAAUUACAUCAACACCAGACAACACGGAAUCUUCGACAGAAGGAAGCACAACAAUCGAAAUCACCUCCACAAGUACACAGGCAAGCUCUACAACAGAAUCAGGCGCAUCAUCAACUACUAGUGAUGGUACCACAACAAUUGCACAAUCUACAAGCGCAACUGAGAGUAUGACUGAAGCCGUCACAACUGAAGCCAGUACAUCUACAUCCGCAGCGACACCAUCCUCCACAAUUCCAGAAACAACUACUACAACAGCAGAAACUACAAUGUCUUCGACAAUGGAUAGUACAAUUUCAGAAACAAGUGCAGCAACAACUGAACCUAGCACAACGGCAACUGAAUCUACAAGUGCAGUUGAAAGUACAACUGAAAGCACCACAACUGAAGCCAGUACAUCUACAUCUGCAGGGACAUCAACAUCUACAACUUUAGAAAUAACUACAUUAACACCAGACAACACGGAAUCUUCGACAGAAGGAAGCACAACAAUACAAAUCAACUCUACAAGUACACAGGCAAGCUCUACAACAGAAUCAGGCGCAUCAUCGACUACUACUGAUGGUAGCACAACAACUGCACAAUCUACAAGCGCAACUGAGACUACGACUGAAGCCUUCACAACUGAAGCCGUUGCAACUGAAGCCAGUACAUCUACAUCCGCAGCGACACCAUCAUCCACAAUUCCAGAAACAACUACUACAACAGGAGAAACUACAAUGUCUUCGACAAUGGGUAGUACAAUUUCAGAAACAAGUGCAGCAACAACAACAACAACAACUGAACCUAGCACAACGACGACUGAAUCUACAAGUGCAGUUGAAAGUACAACUGAAAGCACCACAACUGAAGCCAGUACAUCUACAUCUGCAGAGACAUCAACACCUACAACUUUAGAAAUAACUACAUCAACACCAGACAACACCGAAUCUUCGACAGAAGGAAGCACAACAAUGGAAAUGACCUCCACAAAUACACAGGCAAGCUCUACGACAGAAUCAGGCGCAUCCUCGACUACUACUGAUGGUAGCACAACAACUGCACAAUCUACAAGCGCAACUGAGACUACGACUGAAGCCUUCACAACUGAAGCCGUCGCAACUGAAGCCAGUACAUCUACAUCCGCAGCGACACCAUCAUCCACAAUUCCAGAAACAACUACUACAACAGGAGAAACUACAAUGUCUUCGACAAUGGGUAGUACCAUUUCAGAAACAAGUGCAGCAACAACAACAACUGAACCUAGCACAACGGCGACUGAAUCUACAAGCGCAGUUGAAAGUACAAUUGAAAGCACCACAACUGAAGCCAGUACAUCUACGUCCUCAGUAACAUUAACAUCAACAAGUGCAGAAAUAACUACCACAACACUAGACGCCACGGAACCGUUAAUAGUCGGCAGCACAACUGCAGAAAUAACUUCCACCAGUACUGAGACCAUUUCCACAACAGAGGCAAGUGCAACAACAACUACUAUUGAUGCUAGCACAACCACUGCACAAUCUACAAGCGCCGUUGAGACUACGACUGAAGCCGUCACAGGUGAAGCCAGUGCAUCUACAUCCGCAGUGACACCAACAUCUACAAUUCCAACUAGCACAACAGUAGAAACCAUGGGGUCGUCGACAGUGAGUAGCACAGCUGCUGCAGAAAUCACUUCCAGUAGUGCACAGUCUAUCUCCACAACAGAAACAGGUGCAACAACAGCCACAACUGAUGCUAGCACAACCUUGGCUGAAUCUACAAGCGCAUCUGAAACUACCACUGAAGGCAUCACACCUGAAGCCAGCACAUCUACAUCCGCAGGCACGCCAACAUCAACAACUGCAGAGAUUGCUAGCAUAACAGUAGAAACUACGGAAUCGUCGACAGCCGGCAUCACAACUGCUGAUCCCACGUCCACGAGUUCACAGGCUAGCACAACAACACAGGCAGGCACAACAACAACCAGUACUGACGCUAGCACCUCAGCUGCAGAUACUUCAAGCACAGCAGAGACUACAUCAGAAUCAAUCACAUCUGAACCCACUACAUCUACUUCUGGAUCCACUACUGCAUCAACAAUUGUUGAUACUACCAGUUCUUCUGAAGGGACAACACCUGCGAGUUCUACCAUCAGCAUAACAGUAGCAGAAACUACAAGUACAUCUGAAACAACAACUGAAGCCAUCCCAACUGAGCCCAGUGCAACUACAACAGGGACAAGCAGUACAUCUACAAUUGCAGAUAUAACUAGCACAACAUUACACACCACGGAGUCGUCGUCAGUCGGAAGCACAACAGUACAACCGACUUCAACGAGUACACUGGUUAGCACAACAACAGAGCAAGGCACAACAAGUACUGUUGACUCAAGCACAACAGUUGCAGAACCCACAAUCACAGUUGAAACCACAACCGAAACCUUCACAACUGAAGCCAGUACAUCUACAUCCACAGAGACACCAACAUCUACAACUUUAGAAAUAACUACAUCAACACCAGACAACACGGAAUCUUCGACAGAAGGAAGCACAACAAUCGAAAUCACCUCCACAAGUACACAGGCAAGCUCUACAACAGAAUCAGGCGCAUCAUCAACUACUAGUGAUGGUAGCACAACAACUGCACAAUCUACAAGCACAACUGAGAGUAUGACUGAAGCCGUCACAACUGAAGCCAGUACAUCUACAUCCGCAGCGACACCAUCCUCCACAAUUCCAGAAACAACUACUACAACAGCAGAAACUACAAUGUCUUCGACAAUGGAUAGUACAAUUUCAGAAACAAGUGCAGCAACAACUGAACCUAGCACAACGGCAACUGAAUCUACAAGUGCAGUUGAAAGUACAACUGAAAGCACCACAACUGAAGCCAGUACAUCUACAUCUGCAGGGACAUCAACAUCUACAACUUUAGAAAUAACUACAUCAACACCAGACAACACGGAAUCUUCGACAGAAGGAAGCACAACAAUACAAAUCAACUCUACAAGUACACAGGCAAGCUCUACAACAGAAUCAGGCGCAUCAUCGACUACUACUGAUGGUAGCACAACAACUGCACAAUCUACAAGCGCAACUGAGACUACGACUGAAGCCUUCACAACUGAAGCCGUUGCAACUGAAGCCAGUACAUCUACAUCCGCAGCGACACCAUCAUCCACAAUUCCAGAAACAACUACUACAACAGGAGAAACUACAAUGUCUUCGACAAUGGGUAGUACAAUUUCAGAAACAAGUGCAGCAACAACAACAACAACAACUGAACCUAGCACAACGACGACUGAAUCUACAAGUGCAGUUGAAAGUACAACUGAAAGCACCACAACUGAAGCCAGUACAUCUACAUCUGCAGAGACAUCAACACCUACAACUUUAGAAAUAACUACAUCAACACCAGACAACACCGAAUCUUCGACAGAAGGAAGCACAACAAUGGAAAUGACCUCCACAAAUACACAGGCAAGCUCUACGACAGAAUCAGGCGCAUCCUCGACUACUACUGAUGGUAGCACAACAACUGCACAAUCUACAAGCGCAACUGAGACUACGACUGAAGCCUUCACAAUUGAAGCCGUCGCAACUGAAGCCAGUACAUCUACAUCCGCAGCGACACCAUCAUCCACAAUUCCAGAAACAACUACUACAACAGGAGAAACUACAAUGUCUUCGACAAUGGGUAGUACCAUUUCAGAAACAAGUGCAGCAACAACAACAACUGAACCUAGCACAACGGCGACUGAAUCUACAAGCGCAGUUGAAAGUACAAUUGAAAGCACCACAACUGAAGCCAGUACAUCUACGUCCUCAGUAACAUUAACAUCAACAAGUGCAGAAAUAACUACCACAACACUAGACGCCACGGAACCGUCAAUAGUCGGCAGCACAACUGCAGAAAUAACUUCCACCAGUACUGAGACCAUUUCCACAACAGAGGCAAGUGCAACAACAACUACUAUUGAUGCUAGCACAACCACUGCACAAUCUACAAGCGCCGUUGAGACUACGACUGAAGCCGUCACAGGUGAAGCCAGUGCAUCUACAUCCGCAGUGACACCAACAUCUACAAUUCCAACUAGCACAACAGUAGAAACCAUGGGGUCGUCGACAGUGAGUAGCACAGCUGCUGCAGAAAUCACUUCCAGUAGUGCACAGUCUAUCUCCACAACAGAAACAGGUGCAACAACAACCACAACUGAUGCUAGCACAACCUUGGCUGAAUCUACAAGCGCAUCUGAAACUACCACUGAAGGCAUCACACCUGAAGCCAGCACAUCUACAUCCGCAGGCACGCCAACAUCAACAACUGCAGAGAUUGCUAGCAUAACAGUAGAAACUACGGAAUCGUCGACAGCCGGCAUCACAACUGCUGAUCCCACGUCCACGAGUUCACAGGCUAGCACAACAACACAGGCAGGCACAACAACAACCAGUACUGACGCUAGCACCUCAGCUGCAGAUACUUCAAGCACAGCAGAGACUACAUCAGAAUCAAUCACAUCUGAACCCACUACAUCUACUUCUGGAUCCACUACUGCAUCAACAAUUGUUGAUACUACCAGUUCUUCUGAAGGGACAACACCUGCGAGUUCUACCAUCAGCAUAACAGUAGCAGAAACUACAAGUACAUCUGAAACAACAACUGAAGCCAUCCCAACUGAGCCCAGUGCAACUACAACAGGGACAAGCAGUACAUCUACAAUUGCAGAUAUAACUAGCACAACAUUACACACCACGGAGUCGUCGUCAGUCGGAAGCACAACAGUACAACCGACUUCAACGAGUACACUGGUUAGCACAACAACAGAGCAAGGCACAACAAGUACUGUUGACUCAAGCACAACAGUUGCAGAACCCACAAUCACAGUUGAAACCACAACCGAAACCUUCACAACUGAAGCCAGUACAUCUACAUCCACAGAGACACCAACAUCUACAACUUUAGAAAUAACUACAUCAACACCAGACAACACGGAAUCUUCGACAGAAGGAAGCACAACAAUCGAAAUCACCUCCACAAGUACACAGGCAAGCUCUACAACAGAAUCAGGCGCAUCAUCAACUACUAGUGAUGGUAGCACAACAACUGCACAAUCUACAAGCACAACUGAGAGUAUGACUGAAGCCGUCACAACUGAAGCCAGUACAUCUACAUCCGCAGCGACACCAUCCUCCACAAUUCCAGAAACAACUACUACAACAGCAGAAACUACAAUGUCUUCGACAAUGGAUAGUACAAUUUCAGAAACAAGUGCAGCAACAACUGAACCUAGCACAACGGCAACUGAAUCUACAAGUGCAGUUGAAAGUACAACUGAAAGCACCACAACUGAAGCCAGUACAUCUACAUCUGCAGGGACAUCAACAUCUACAACUUUAGAAAUAACUACAUCAACACCAGACAACACGGAAUCUUCGACAGAAGGAAGCACAACAAUACAAAUCAACUCUACAAGUACACAGGCAAGCUCUACAACAGAAUCAGGCGCAUCAUCGACUACUACUGAUGGUAGCACAACAACUGCACAAUCUACAAACGCAACUGAGACUACGACUGAAGCCUUCACAACUGAAGCCGUCGCAACUGAAGCCAGUACAUCUACAUCCGCAGCGACACCAUCAUCCACAAUUCCAGAAACAACUACUACAACAGGAGAAACUACAAUGUCUUCGACAAUGGGUAGUACCAUUUCAGAAACAAGUGCAGCAACAACAACAACUGAACCUAGCACAACGGCGACUGAAUCUACAAGCGCAGUUGAAAGUACAAUUGAAAGCACCACAACUGAAGCCAGUACAUCUACGUCCUCAGUAACAUUAACAUCAACAAGUGCAGAAAUAACUACCACAACACUAGACGCCACGGAACCGUUAAUAGUCGGCAGCACAACUGCAGAAAUAACUUCCACCAGUACUGAGACCAUUUCCACAACAGAGGCAAGUGCAACAACAACUACUAUUGAUGCUAGCACAACCACUGCACAAUCUACAAGCGCCGUUGAGACUACGACUGAAGCCGUCACAGGUGAAGCCAGUGCAUCUACAUCCGCAGUGACACCAACAUCUACAAUUCCAACUAGCACAACAGUAGAAACCAUGGGGUCGUCGACAGUGAGUAGCACAGCUGCUGCAGAAAUCACUUCCAGUAGUGCACAGUCUAUCUCCACAACAGAAACAGGUGCAACAACAGCCACAACUGAUGCUAGCACAACCUUGGCUGAAUCUACAAGCGCAUCUGAAACUACCACUGAAGGCAUCACACCUGAAGCCAGCACAUCUACAUCCGCAGGCACGCCAACAUCAACAACUGCAGAGAUUGCUAGCAUAACAGUAGAAACUACGGAAUCGUCGACAGCCGGCAUCACAACUGCUGAUCCCACGUCCACGAGUUCACAGGCUAGCACAACAACACAGGCAGGCACAACAACAACCAGUACUGACGCUAGCACCUCAGCUGCAGAUACUUCAAGCACAGCAGAGACUACAUCAGAAUCAAUCACAUCUGAACCCACUACAUCUACUUCUGGAUCCACUACUGCAUCAACAAUUGUUGAUACUACCAGUUCUUCUGAAGGCAAGUUGCCUUUUCAUAUUUUAUUAUGUGGUUUGUUUGAUAACAAAGAGAUGUGUGGUAUUAGUGACAAAUGCAACCCCUUUAUAAUGUAUAAGUGAUAUUCUGUAAACUUUUAUUCAAAGUUACGAUAUGAAUGCUGUUACGAAGGAAUAACUAAUAGGAUACAGAGUGAUCCUAUAUAUUUCAUUUUCAGCAUUUCCUCCUUGACGUGUUUUAAUCAUGAUAUAUCAGGCACAUUCUGUUAUAAUUUUUUAAAUAUCCGUUUUAAUACUACUAACUCUUUCUUCUGCCAGUCAUCAUUCUUUUCUUUUACCUUCUCCUUUGAGGGUUACAGGGAUUACGAUGUUUGUUCCGCUCUUCGAGAUUCUAAGCAUUGCUUAAUUAGUCGUUCUCCUGAAUCCAUGCAAUACGUUUGGUCAAAGCAGGAGUUUGUCUAGAUAACCCACAAUAAUGUACACCGUGAAAUAAUCGUAAUCUGCGUAGAAAUUCACAUUUACGUGCUAGAUGUGGAUGAUUUUGCGUCCUGAAAGAAAUAUACACACUACUGUGUGGAAUGAGAAUAUACUUGUAACUACUGUAAUCCAAACGUUUCCAAAGACCAAAUAAGAAAACACAGCCUCUUCUUUUUUCAGAAUGUGAUUUUAAGAAACAUAAUUUGUGAAACACUUAACUAAUGAUAAUAUAAAAUGAAAAGCAUACAUUUA